UGUGGAGGAGAUUGUUGCCGAUGUGCGUGAAAAGCUUGAUCUUACGUGUAAAAUUGGAGUCUACUCCAGAUUGAUGAAAAUAGAAAACUUGAUACGCAAGCAACCAUUGGGCAUCCGAAGCUUAGGGAUUUGGGGUAUGGGAGGCAUAGGGAAGACGACACUUGCUGAAGCAGCUUUCAAAGAGCUUUCGUGUGAAUUUGACGUUUCUUGCUUCAUCAAAGACUUCGACAAGGACUUUCAAGACAAGGGAGCGUACGGGUUGUUGGUGAAACACUUGCGGAAACAGCUUGGCCUAGGCAGUCACGUCACAAGACUGAGCCUCCUCAUAGAAACAUUACGCCAUAAACGAGUUCUUGUUGUUCUCGACGAUGUGCGCAAGCCGCUUGGUGCGACGAUUUUUCUUUCGGAAUUUGACUGGCUUGGUUCUGGAAGCUUGAUAAUCAUAACCUCCAGAGAUAGACAAGCACUUGUCCAGUGUCAGGUCAACGAAAUUUACGAGGUCCAAGGCUUAAACAAGCACGAGGCUCUGCAGCUCUUCUCCCGAUGUGCAUUUAGGAAAGAUGUAGCAGAUGAGAAACUCAUGGAGCUGUCCAUGAAAUUCGUUGACUAUUCUGACGGAAACCCUUUAGCUCUAUGCAUUUAUGGUGAAGAACUUGUCGGAAAAACACAGUCUGAAAUGGAGAGUGUGGUCCGGAAUCUCAAGAUACGUCUUCCCGACAAGAUUCUUAAUGAACUCAAGAGAAGCUACGACGCACUCGGUGACAGCGAGGGAAAUGUUUCUGGAAAUCGUGUUUUCCUUUAGAGGAGCGAAUGUUGACAAUGUGAUGCAGUUUCUUGCAGGCUGUGGAUUCUUUCCCCGUGUUGGAAUCGAUCUUCUUGUGGACAAAAGCUUGGUGACUAUUUUAGGAAACAGAGUGCAACUUCAUAAUUUGAUAUACGAUGUUGGUCUCCAAAUCAUCAAGGAUCCAACAGAAGAGAUCGAGAUGGCUUAUAGAUUCGUGGAUGCUUCCAACAUUCAAUCUCUCGUAGAAAAUGAAAUCGGAGAAGCAGCACCCGUACCGGGAAAUGAAGAUAUUAAAGCCAUUUGCUUGGACACCUCUAACUUAGACUUCAAAGGUCAUAUUGCAUUCCAGAAUAUGCAUGACCUCAGAUCUCUAAAGAUUUCUAGUUCUGAUCUUAUCAAGGAUAGUCAAAUCUGCCUUCCAGGGGAAUCUCAAUCUCUUCCGCCUGAGCUAAGACUUCUCCAUUGGAAAUAUUAUCCUCUGCAAUCAUUUCCACAAGAUUUUGAUGCUCAGUAUCUUGUGGAGCUCAAUAUGACAUGCAGUAAACUUCGGAAACUUUGGGGAGGAACCAAGAAUCUUAAGGUGUUGAAGAGGAUCACGCUCAGCCAUUCCCUGCAACUAGUUAACGUUGAUGAACUUCAAUAUUCUCGAACAAUCGAGCUAAUUAAUCUCCAGGGAUGUUCAGGGUUGCAGAGUUUUCCGGACAUGGGUCAAUCACAACAUCUCCGAGUAGUGAAUCUCGCAACUUGCAUAAAUAUCAAAAGUUUUCCAAAGGUCCCACCGUCUAUCAAGAAGCUGCAUCUCCAGGGAACCGGCAUAGGAGAAUUAUUUCAUCUUGAAGGAUCAACAAAUCAAGUAAAUGUUAGCUUCUCAGACCAAGAUCUUGGAAAGCUUGUUUUCAUGAACCUGAAAGAUUGUUCUAGUUUGAGAAGUCUUCCUGACAUGGUUAAUUUUAAUUCUCUUGAAGUUCUUAAUCUCUCUGGUUGCUCAGAACUUGAGGAGAUUCAGGGUUUCCCAAAAAACCUGAAAAGGUUAUCUCUGGCCAAGACUGCCACAAGAGAAAUCCCUUCUUCUCUGUGCCACCAUUUCUCUAAGCUUGUGGUACUAGACAUGGAGGACUGCAAAAGGCUUACAAACUUGCCAAUCGGAAUGUGUAACAUGAAAUCUCUUGCCUUGCUGAAACUGUCUGGCUGCUCAGAGCUUGAUAAUAUUCAAGAUCUUCCAAGAAACCUCAAAGAGUUAUAUCUAGGCGGCACAGCGGUAAAAGCACUUCGAUCACCAUUGCUUGAGAAUCUCUCUGAACUUGUUAUAUUAAGUUUGGAGAAUUGCAAACGGCUUCAGCAUCUGCCGACGGGAAUGAGUAAGUUGAAAUCUCUUGUCACGCUCAAACUGUCUGGCUGCUCGGAGCUGGAGACUAUUCCUGAUCUUCCUCAAAAUCUAAAGGAGUUAUUUCUUGUUGGUACUGCCAUCAGAUAUUUGCCAUCUUCUAUUGGAUAUCUCGCUGAACUUGAUACAUUGGAUCUGAAGAACUGCAAAAGACUCCGACACUUGCCAAUGGAAAUGCAAGAUUUAUUACCCCUCAACGUUCUUGAUCUCUCCAACUGCUCAGAGCUUGAGUUAAUUCCUGGUUCUCUACCAAAAACCAGAGAUCUACGUAUAUCUCUCACAGCCAUGCCACUUCAAGCAAAGUUGCCAUAUUCUUUCUCAAGAUUCUAUGCACAUAUAGUCACUUUAUCCCUUUCUAAGGCAGGCUUGAAGUACAUUCCAGAAGAGAUACGUUGGAUGCCUUCACUAAAGACAUUAGAUCUUAGUGGGAACGGUUUCAGAAAUGUUCCAAUAAGCAUCAAGGAGCUUUCUAAACUAGUCAUUCUAAGGUUACGGUAUUGCAAAAACCUCAUAGAUCUUCCACUGCUUCCCCGAAGUCUACAAGUCUUGAAUGCGCAUGGUUGUUCAUCUCUGAGAUCAACUUCUUUGGAGUUCAAGCAGCUUCCUAGGUAUUACACAUUCAGUAAUUGCUUUUUUCUUCCCCCUUGCAAAGUUUUCACGCAGGCACUGGAUAACAUCAUAGAAUAUAUGGCGGCACGACAGCGCCAGCAAAAUCUCGAAAACGCUUUGGCUUUCAGCUUGUGUCUACGCUCCCCUAGAAGUCGAAUUUCCAAACUUAAUCUGCAAACAGGAUCUUCUGUAAUGAUAAGACUAGAUCCGUAUUCAAGAAGCAUGGUCAUGAGCUUUGCUAUACUGGUUGAAGUUUCAUUCUCAAAGGAAUUUAAUGAUGCUGCUGGUUUGGGCUUCAAGUGUGUUUGCAAAUGGAGUGAUGAGAAAGGCCAUGCUCAUAGUCUUGAGAAUAGUUUCCAUUGCUGGGCUCCAGGUGAAGCUAUUCCCAAGAUUAAAAAAGAUCACAUGUUUGUCUUCUUUGAUCUCAAAAUGCAUAGACGUAUCUUUGAAGAUGAUGUCUCCGGUUCCGGUAUCUUGGCUGAUCUGUUUGUCUUUGAGUUGAUCCCUGUUAACAAGGAGGAGAAAACUUGCAUGGUGACGAAGUGUGGAGUCUACGUGAUUUUUGAUGUAGUUGGAAAUCCAAGUCGAAACGCGACAACCCGUCUUAGUUCUUCGAUUAAUCCAGAUGAUGAAGAAGUUAAAACAAGGUUAAGAGGUAACUAUGAUGCAGCAGCUGGCAGUUCAAGUGGAAACACGAUAACCCCUCUUGGCUAUUCGUCAUAUCCAGAUGAUGACCUUAAAAAAAGGUUAGGAGUACUUAACUAUGAUGCAAGUCGAAGCACGAUGAUUCUCAAGCUUCCAAGGAAGACGAAGCUUCCAAGGAAGACGAUGAUACGGAUACCAAUGCGAAAUCGCGGAGGCGAAGGCGGAGAAAAGAUCUGGUGUAAUGAUACCGAUGGAGUGAAACCUCCUUUCCUUCCGCAGGAUUGUAUCUCAAUGAUAAUCUCAUUCACGAGUCCACAGGAAGCCUGCGAGCUCGCGUUGGUUUCGAAAAUGUUUGAGUCGGCGGUCGAGUCAGAUAUUGUAUGGGAGAGGUUUUUGCCUCCGGAAUAUGCGUGUCUGGUUGUUCCUCAGUUGGCAGAUUUCUCAUCGAAGAAGGAUCUGUUUUUCGCUUUAUGCGACGUUCCCGUUCUAAUGGACGAUGGCAAAAAGAGCUUAUGGGUAGAGAAAGCUAGUGGGAAGAGAUGUAUCAUGUUAUCAGCGAUGGAGCUUUCAAUUGCAUGGGGAGAUGAACCUCGGUAUUGGCAAUUGAUUCCAAGUCCUGAAGCUAGAUUUGAAAGAGUUGCUGUACUUAUCGAUGUAUGUUGGUUCGACAUUUGUUGCAGCAUAAGUAGUCAUGUCCUAUCUCCAAGAACUCGCUACUCAGUUUACGUUGUGUUCACGAGAGCGGCAGAGUGUCGUGGCUUUGAGGAUGUGGGCAUAGAAGCUGCAGUUGGUGUGAUGGGUUCUAAAUCUAGAAGAUUAAUAUGCUUUGAUACGGCUACGGAUGGGAGGUUUCAAAGGAGGCCAAGGAGUAACUUGGUAAAACCAGAGGAGAGGGAAGAUGGUUGGAUGGAGGUAGAGCUUGGGGAGUUCUUCAAUGUAGGAGGAUUGGAUAGUGAUGAUGAAAUUGAGAUGAGGGUUAUUGAGACUAAGUCGAACCUUUGGAAGAGUGGUUUGAUCAUUCAAGGAUUUGAAAUCCGUGCAUCGAAAAGUCGGGAAAUUGAUGCACUGGGUGUUACCCGAUCAACCACUCAUCAAUUGAGCGAAAAGGUCAGUUCUAAUCUAAGCCAAACGUUUAGAACUGAAGAAGCUGAAGUGGAAGCGUUUGGAAGUAGGGAAACGGGGAAUCGGAAUCGGAAUUGGAAGCGGAAUUGGAAUGGGAAUAGGAAGCGGGUAGGGUAGCGGAAUCAGAAUCUGGAAGCUGAAGUGGAAGCGUUUAUAUUUAUCAUAAUCACUUAAAUCAAUAUGCGAAAUCUGUUUUGAUGUCUAUAUUGGAUUUGUAAUUUGUAUAUUGAUUUCUAAAUUUUGAUUUAAGUGAUUAUGAUAAAUAUAUAUUGGAUUUGUAA